AUGUAUCUAAAGAAAUAUCGUGCUUCAUCAAGAGUGGCAUUACCUUCUUUACAAUCAUUUUGGAGGAAUUUCUCAAGCUGGGUUACUUUAAGUACUAAAUCUUGUGGUAUGGUUGUAGUCACUUUACCUGGUUUUGUGAAUGAAGAAGGAGAAGAAGAAAAACGACGAAUCAAGCUUUUGAGCACCAUUUCAGUAGCGCCGUUUAACUCUUUGGUGCCUUACUCAAUAGAUCUCUCGAGUUCAAGAGGUUUAAGGCUUUGUACCUGUAGCUAUGGGUGUCUCACCUCCAGGCUGACUUCCAUCGCUCAUCUGGAUCCAGAUUCUCCUCCUCCUCAUCGUCCUCCUCUACUGCUUCAGCUUCUUCUCGUCAGAUCUCGAUAUCUCCAACAGCUACGUCAGAAACUCCUCCUUAGCUUCUCUUUCCUCUGCCUCUCACUUCUUCCCUUUUUCCCUUUCUCGAAAGUUAGUGCUCUCUCAGAUUUUUGCACUUUUUUGUUUGCAAGGAAGUUUUGGAGGGACGAAGGUUUCUCCAGAGUUGCAGCUUAUCUACUGCAUUUGGUGGAGGUCUGGGAGAUUCUUGCAGCAUGUUCGGUGUUAUGUAGCAUUGGUAUGAAGAGAAAAGAUGGUCUCCAAAGGGUGAAACAAAACCAGCUGCAAAACCUGCUGAAACGAAUCGUAACAUUAACAAGUUCCCAUAAGGUGUCAAAGGUGGUGUUUCAAGAAAACCAAGGGCACUUUCUCUUGAGGAUGAGAUUUUUACUGAGCACGUCUCAAAUAACUCCUCCAGCAGUGAAGUUCCGAAGGGUAAUGGCAAUAGUUGUUUAUACGUUUUCCCUUUUUGCUUUAGUUAAAGACAAUGUUGACUUCAAUUACCAGGAAAGAUGUUUCACACUCCAUCUCCAUACACCAGAUCCCUUGUCACCCUUUGAUAUAGAUGAUAAGUUAGGCCAAUUUUUCUUUUAGUGUCAGUGAUGAGCAGAGUCUAAAUGUACUCUUUUCUUCUCCAUCUUUAUCCUAUCCUCAUUUUGAUUACAUGAUUUA